AUGGACCGGCUGCCAGAAUCUUUCCCCGUCGAUUACAAGCCUUCGGCCCGCAUCGUUGAGCUAUCUGCCAGCGCACCAAUAGAGGAAAUACUCUCCGUGAUCGACCGCGAUGGCGGCGUUAUCCUCAACGAUCUAGUCAGCGCCGAGGAGCUCGAAUCCAUCGAAAAGGAAAUUGAGAAAUACACCAAAGGCGAUAGAUACGAGGACGACGAGGCUUUCUUCAAAGGCCUCAUCCCGCAAGGGACACUCUUGAUUGGUGGGCUCGUAGGAAAGUCCGAGACCCUCGCCAAGAUCUGUGCCGAAAAUAUGGUUCUCGAACAACUCAGGAAAGAAAUCUUGACAGAUAUCGGCACGAGGAGAGUGGAAAAUUACGAUCUCCCUUAUCACAUCGACCCGCUUCUCUCUGUGAGUCUGAGCUUCCGAGUUCGAUAUGGCGCGGCACGUCAGCGGUUGCAUCGGGACGACGGCACGCACCUGAUUGAGCAUGAGAGCAAGCCCUACCACCUCAAGAACUCGGCUCAAUUCGGCUGCUUGAUUGCAGGUGUUCAUACGACGCAGAAAAACGGUGCUACUAUGUUCGUUCCUGGCAGUCAUCGUUGGGAUGAUCAACGAGAACCGCGUCUCGAUGAAGUUACCUUUGCUGAGAUGAAGCCAGGCGCGGCACUCAUUUUCCUAGCUGCUUGUUGGCAUGGCGGCGGCCACAACAGCGUUCCGGGCUUCACUCGUGUCCUCCACGGCCUUUUCUUCUGCAGAGGGACGAUGCGGACACAAGAGAACCAAUUUCUAGCCAUUCCUCGCAGCAAGGCUCUGACAAUGAGCCCGAAGAUGCUCAGUCUACUGGGCUACAAACAGCCUACAGCCGCGCUUGGUAUGGUCGAGAAUGCGGAUCCAAUGUCGGAUCUCGAGGGAUUCAUCGCAGCAGCGAAUGCGUAG